AAACCCCGGUGAUGGUGGUGAAACUAGUGGCAGCGAACGCGAACAAGAAGAUCGGUCCGUGUUCUUCUGCCACAUCCUCACCGCCGUGCCGAUAUUGUGCGCCGUCCGCUAACCGGGUGCAAAAGUGACACCACACCGCGUGUUAGACCCGUGUAUCUUCCGUUCGCCCGUUUUUUUUUCCCGGUCAAAGCCAAGUGCAGCAAACUGGAGUCUCUAACGAGAACAACCCCCAUCUAAUCCCGGAUCUUUGAUAAACGCAGUACAUUGUACUGUAAAGACUUGCAGCGAAAUAGGACUUUUCUUUCCAAGCAGUAGCAACAAGCGGGCAGGCAGUAAGGAUGGAGGAUUCAACAAACCCGAUGGCAGGAUUGGAUCAGCAGCAGCAGCAGCAGCAGUUGGUAGCCGGUAACGCGGGCUACGAGAACAACGUAUCGGCCCCGGCACCGGCACCCUGCUACGACGAUCUGUUCCCGGCACUGCCGGAAAGUGAACCGCCACGCUUCAACAGCACCCUGUCGCCGUCCACGCAGAACAUGCGCGUCGGCAGCUCGAUCGUGACCCAGGUGUUUAUCGUGGCGUCCGGCGAGCGCAAGUACGACUCGGACAAGUUCGGCGAGGGCGAGUCGCUGCGCACGUGUCAAUCGAUCAUGAAGGAAACGAAUGCACACAUCGAGAUCUCGAGCGGCAAGGACCAGUCGCUGACGUUCCUGGUGACGGGCAAGGUGCACGAGGUGGUCGAGGCGCGCCGCAAAAUUCUGGUACACUUCCAGACGCAGGCCAGCAAGACGAUCAACAUCCCGCGCGACCACCACCGCUGGAUCCUGGGCAAGCGGGGCGACCGGUUGCGCGAGCUGGAACGCACGACCGCGACCAAGAUCAAUGUGCCGCGCAUCAACGACGAGUCGGACGCGAUCACCAUCCUCGGCACGAAGGACGGCAUCGAGAAGGCGGAGCACGAGAUCCGCACCAUGUCGGACGAGCAGUCGCGCAAAGCGUUCGAGCGGUUCAACGUGCCGAAGAUCUACCACCCGUUCAUACUCGGUGCGUACGGCGAGAAUCUGGCGAAGAUGAUGGAGGAAACGGGCGCCAAGAUUAACGUGCCGCCACAGUCGGUGCAGAAGGACGAGAUCAUGAUCACCGGCGAGAAGGAGGGUGUGCUGGCGGCGAAGGCACGCAUCGAGGCCAUCUACAAGGAGAUGGAGAAGAAGUGCACGUCGGUCGGGGUUGAGGUGAUGCGCGCGCAGCACCGUUACGUGUACGGGCCGCGCGGGUCCACCAUCCAGGAGAUUCUGCAGACGACGGGCGUGUCGGUGGAGAUGCCGCCGAGCGAUUCGCCCAGCGAUACGAUCACGCUGCGCGGCCCGCAGGACAAGAUGGGCAACGCGCUGAACGUGGUGUACCAGAAGGCGCACUCGAUCCGCACGGAGGUGCUCGAGUGCCCGCAGUGGAUCCACAAGUACAUCAUCGGGCGCGAAGGUGGCCAUAUCAAGGAGUUCUCCGUCCAGCAUCCAAACGUGCACGUGGAGUUUAGCGAGGACAAAAUCAAGAUCGACGGUCCGCCGGAACAGGUCGUGAUCGCGUCCGAGGAGCUGCAGAAGAUGGUGAACGAUCUGACCGGGCGACUGCGGCUGGCCGAGAUGGUGGUCGAUCCGGUGCACUGCAAGCACAUCAUCGGCAAGGCGGGCUCGAACAUUAACCGCAUGAAGGAGGAGUACGACGUGCAGAUCAACAUCGACGAGAAGAGCGCCAAACCGAUCCGCAUCGAGGGCCCGGCCGAGGGGGUGGCCAAGGCGCAGCAGGAGCUGCUGGAGAAGAUUGCCAAGUGGGAGAACGAGAAGGAGGAGCAGAUCAUCAUCGAUCACCGGCUGUUCAAGACGAUCAUCGGUACGAAGGGUGAAACGAUUCGCGAGAUUCGCGAAAAGCACAACAACGUGCAGAUCGUGUUUCCGGGCCCGAACGACAAGUCGGACAUCGUGAAGAUCCGCGGCAUGAAGGAGGACGUCGACCGGUGCCACAAGUAUCUGACGCAAUACGUGAAGGAGCUCCAGAAGAACUCGUUCGUGCUGGAGGUGCCCGUUUUCAAGCAGUUCUUCAAGUACAUCGUCGGCAAGGGCGGUGUCAACAUCAAGAAGAUCCGGGAGGAGACGCAGACCAAGAUCGAUUUGCCGGCCGAGAGCGAUACGCGGGAGGUGAUCGUGAUUACGGGCAAGAAGGAGAACGUGUACGACGCGCGCGACCGCAUCCAGAAGAUCCAGAACGAGAUGGGAAACAUCGUGUCGGAGGAGGUGACGAUUCCGGCCAAGCAUCAUCUGGCGCUGAGCCGAACGGGCGGCAUGCUGCUCAACUCGAUCAUGGAGGACUGUGGCGGCGUGUCGAUCAAGUUCCCGAAUGCGGACGCAAAGAGCGAUAAGGUGGUGAUCCGCGGACCGAAGGAGGACGUCGAUCGGGCCAAGGUGCAGCUGCUCGAGCUGGCCAACGAGAAGGAGCUGUCGUCGUACUCGGUGCAGAUUCGGGCCAAGGCACAGCACCACAAGUAUCUGAUCGGCAAGAACGGUGCUUCCAUUAGGAAGAUUCGUGACAAGACCGGUGCACGCGUUAUCUUCCCAGGUGUCAACGACACGGACAAUGAGGUCAUCACGAUCAUCGGCAAGAAGGAGCAGGUGGAGGAGGCACAGGCCGACCUGGAAGCAUUUAUCAAGAGCAUCGAUAACAUCGUCGAGGACGAAAUUAUUGUUCUGCCGAAGUACCACAAGCACUUCAUCUCCAACCGUGGCAAGGUGCUGCAUCGCAUCGAGGAGGAGUGCGGCGGCAUGUCCAUCUCGUUCCCGCGCAUGGACCGUGAUGAUCGCAACGAUCGUGUCAAGCUGAAGGGCCCGAAGGACUGCAUCGAGCCGGCCAAGCAACGCAUCCUGGAGAUCGUGCAGGAGCUCGAAUCGAUGGUGACGAUCGAUUGUUACAUUCCCGCACGCCACCAUCGCAUUAUGAUGCGCCGGGGCGGCUCGUUGGUCCAGGCCAUUACGUCCGAGUUUGGUGUUAACAUCCGGUUCCCGGAGCGUGGCACCUCCAACGUCGAUAUGGCAGCACCAGCACCGGCCCCGGUCAUCGAUCCGGCACAGCAGCAGCAACAGAACGGUAACGGUGAGGCGACGACGCAGGUUGCGGAAAAUGCCACCGCCGAUGGUAGUGGCGAGGUGGUGAACGGUGGCGGUGCUGAGCAAACCGAACCCGUGCAGCGUCCGUCCGAUCUGGUGCGAAUCAGCGGCAACAAGGAAAAGUGUGAGCUGGCCAAGGAAGCACUGCUGGCGCUGGUGCCGCUGACCGAGGAAAUCAACGUGCCGUGCGAUCUGCACCGUUCGCUGAUCGGACAGAAGGGCCGUGACGUGAAGGAGCUGAUGAACACGUACGAUGUGCACAUCGAGAUGUCGCCGCAGGACAAGAAGCUGGACAUCAUCAAGGUGACGGGCACGAAGAAGGCCAUCGCCGAGGCGAAGGAAGCGAUUGCCGAGCGUAUCAAGCACCUGGAGGCGGACCGUAAGGAUCGCGAGCUGCGCUCGUUCGAGGUGAAGCUGGAGGUGGACCCGGUGUACCACCAGAAAAUCAUUGGCCGCCGGGGCGUGGUCAUCAACAAGAUCCGGGCCAAUCACGACGUGCAGAUUACCUUCCCGAAGCAGGACGACCCGCAGAACAGCAUCAUCACGAUUCAGGGCUACGAGGAGAAGGCACUGGCGGCGCGGGACGAAAUCCUCGCCAUGGUCGACACGCUCAGCUCGGUGUACAAGGAGGAGAUUCAUCUGGACGAGCGCGUGCACCGACGCUUCAUCGGGUUCCGGGGCAAGCGGCUGCGCGAGAUUAAGGAGCAGUUCGGCGUGGACAUUACCUUCCCGCGGAUGGACGAUGCGGACAAGUCGCUGGUCAUACUGGCCGGCACACCGGACAACGUGGAGGCUUGCCGCGACUAUCUGCUCAACCUGGAGGAAGAGUUCCUGCAGGACGUGUCGGCGGCCCCGACCCAACCGACCUCCUUCUCCCAGAUCAUGGAGGAUACGCUGGCCAACCAGCAAACCAACAAGCAGGGCUUCGUCGUGAGCGGCGCACCGUGGGAGCGGAAGGCGCCCAACACGCAAUCGCUCGAGGACUUCCCGGACUUUGGUGGGCUUGGCGGCGGUCCCGGCGGUGCCCCGACACCAGCACCCAAUGCAGACAGCAACUCGCAGACGCCAAUCAACUCCGCCUGGAAUGCCAAGCAUUAAAAGAGCGGCGGCUUAGGCGCCGAACGUUUUUGUUCAUGUUCAACCUCCGCACACCACCACCACCACCUCCACCUAUCCUUCGCCUUCCUACCCGUGCGCUGGAAAAAGGAUUGUGUCAACCUGACCGACCGGACCGACACCACCCGCCCCCUCCCCCCGGCAAAGGAAACGACGAAAUCUUACCCUACUAAAAGCAAUCAUUUAUUACACAGGAAGGAACCUUAUCUUUUAAGUAGUAGAUCAAAACGCUACGGGGGAAGGUCCCCCCCCCCCCCCUCCCCAUUUGCUCUCGGGAACGGUGAAAAUCCUAUGGAACUUAGCGAUUAAUAAUCAUCCCUUCGUGGCGUGAGUGUAUGUGUGUGAGCAUUGUGCUAGUUGCGAUGGUGUGCUGGAAGCUCAAUCGAUCGACUGCCAGGUGAUGUGGAUACGGAAAAAACGAAUGUGUGUGGGUGUGUGUGUGUGUGCAUGUGUAAUAACGAAGCUACGAGCAAACAGUCUGGCUCGUCGGAAGCGAAGGAAAAAAACACACACACACACCGACACGGAUAAGAAAUUGUAUCAUAACUUUCUAAGGACUCCCCCCCUCUAAUUAAUAAAGACAACAAAACCAACAACAAAAUUAAGAGCAAAAAACUUCACACACACACACACACGCGCAUGUUUUGCUCAUCCGGCACAAUGCAAUCCCAUAUGUGAGGAAGAAAGGGGGUGCGCGAUCACAGGAAAGAAGAAAGAUUUAAAUAGUAAUAGGAGCGAAAAAAUGGCGGCGAAAGUAAUUGGUGGUUUUGUUUGUUUGUUUGUUUGUUUUUUUCUGUUUUGCUUUACUGUUACGUCAAUUGUCAAUUUUCCCCUCCACUGACAUCCGCUAGAGAAUUAGUGUAGAUUAAACAUAACGAGUAGUGCUAGUGUGGAAAAGCUCCGUGUUUGCUCCUAUUUGCUACACACCGACCCGCUGUCCGGCAGCGUGGUGCGGCGUUACGGCUUUUGUUAAUCUGUUUUGGCUGAUCGAUCGUGUCGAGAUGCCUGUUUUGCAUGUACUACUACUACCCGCAUUGUCCUCUACUAGCGGAGUGUAACAGUUUGCUACUUUAACCUACCAAUCGGCAUAAUGUUGAAAAAGAAGGACUUGAGAGGAUGACAGUAGUGGUAGUGGUAGCGAUAGUAGAAGGUAAAAAAAAAGAAGGAAACAAAACAUAACGAAAGUGUAACAAAAAGCGUCAUAGGAAAGAGAUAUAUAUACACAACACAUUAUAUAUAUAUAUAUAUAUACAAUAUAUAUAUAAAUAUUUUGAUAAUCCAAUAUUAUUUUCACUAUCGGAUAAAGACACACACGGCCGGCCUGUCUCUGCGUGCGUGUGCGUGUGUGUGUGUGUGUUUGUGCAUCUUCCCGUGGGUUUUGGCCAAACGCAUGUACACACCUGUUGUGUUGUAACAGGGUGAAGAGAAAAACACAAAUUCAGUGCUAAAGGACACCAAAACCUAACCAGAAAAAACAAGGAAACUCGAAAAAAACAGGAAACAAAAUGGUGGUAAUGUGUAAAACGGAAGAAGAAGAGAAGAGAAAAAAGAGCAUUCAUACAAACAGAAAAACACAGACACACAGAGAGAAAACAAUAAUAACUGAGUAAACUAAGGGAACUACUAAGCAGUGGAUGGCGAAGCGAAUACAACAAAAAGUGGUGCGGCUCAGCUGGCUCAAAACAAGCAAACAAACAACAACAAAAAAAAAAACGGUCGACGGAUUGAGUAAAACAAAAACAACGCUGCAAUUAUGUAAAAGAAGCGCCCCGAAAAGAGAACUAAUUAUACAAAACUAUAUAUAUAUAUACAUACUGAACCCUAUAGAGAUAAAAGAGAGAGAGAGAGAGAGAGAGAGAGAGCGAGCGAGCGAAACCCAACACUAGUAGAGAAGGUUUUGGUAAUGGUCGGUAAAACAAAUAAUGUAUAGUGAAGAAAGGGGUGCAAAAACAAAACUAAAUUGCUCGAAAAAGCUGCAAUACAUAGAGAGAGCGCGAGAUGGAAGCAAAAGUAAAGUUUAUUUAACAAACAGGCCUCCCCCGUCUCAAUCAAGCCUACAAAAGCGCUCUACACAACCACAUACGCGUCGGUGGUAAGCCGGUUCGCUUAAAGCAAAACGACACACAACGCACCCUCGCGGUUCAGCACGGAACUGUACAAAGCUUCCGCAGCUUUACGGUAGAGGACGCUCGUACUAAGGUCGUGUCGCCUGUACUAAGAUGGUUUACCAGGGGGUGGGAAAAACAAACAGCGGUGGACAGCGCUCUACAGUAGCUUCCUUUUUUACAAUUAACACAAGAAGAGCAGGUUAAACACCGCAGCAAAUCACCAAACGAGUGAAUGCAAACAACAGUUUUCCCAGCAAGAAGGAGACACCCCUCGUCUCGCUAUCGAUCGUUGACAGACAUAAUAAUAAUGAGAUGAGUUGGGGUUGCAAUUAGUGAGCUCUGACUCUGACAAGCGGUAUAUAGAGAGAGACAGAGGGACAGAAAAUGUUUGCGAAAAGUGAGGAAAAUCCCCGUGAAGAAAAAAAAAAAACAACGGCGAGUGAAAGUGGAGAAGAACCAGCAAUUGUGAGAUGAGAUGGUGUGGCGUGCUUGUUUGUGGUGCGCGGCCCGGGGAAGCUAAUACCUAAUUUGUGGUAUAAUAAAACUUAUUACAUUUUCUGUAA